AUGGGCGAGAACGGAGAGCACAGUGGAAUUGAAGUUUUCGAAACCAAUGGAUUAGACCAACCCUACCAGCCCUUCGCAGGCAAAGUCCUUGCUACUGAAACCCUUGUUAAAAUUCUGGACAGGGAUGCAGCGAUUCCAGGAGCUCCGGAAAACCCCUUUUUAGCCCCGCUUGCCCGUGUAAAGCGGCUGCAUCUGCAUGCCAGAGCAACACAAAAAGUUCUGGUCCUUCCAGCUGCACGGGAUUCCCAGGUUGAACUCUUCCCGGAAACUUUGCUUCACAGCUUCUCUUGCGAAAUCAAGCAAGCGGGCCCUCCCUUCGCUCUCUGGCUUUUUAAAAGCGAGAGCCUGAAGGCAGUGCAGAGCUCAGCCUGGCAAGCUCGCUCUGCAUUGCCUGGCAGCCAGUGCCCACCGCAGCUGCGCCUGACCGACGGCCCUCUGGGCGCCUCUCCCGCAGUAAUGGAGACAAUGGGUGCAGACGCGCUCCCUCUGACCGUGAAUUCCUCAGAAAAGCGAGGAAUUGUCUGCAUUUUUGGAACGGGCGAUUUUGGGAAGUCCUUGGGAUUUAAAAUGCUUCAGUGUGGUUAUGCUGUUGUUUUUGGGAGUCGAAACCCCCAGGUGUCCAGCCUUCUGCCCAGAGGAGCAGAGGUCUUGAGCUACUCCGAGGGAGCAUCAAAGUCUGACGUCAUAAUCCUGGCCAUGCGCAGAGAGCAUUACGACUGCCUCACAGAACUGGCUGACCACCUCAGUGGAAAAAUAUUGGUAGAUGUCAGCAACAACCGUAAGAUCAAUCAGUAUCCAGAAUCGAAUGCUGAGUACCUCGCUCAGUUGGUGCCAGGAGCCCGUGUGGUCAAGGCGUUUAAUACCAUCUCAGCCUGGGCUCUCCAGUCAGGAACACUAGAUGCAAGUCGGCAGGUGUUUGUCUGUGGGGAUGAUAGCAAAGCCAAGCAGAGAGUGAUGGACAUUGCCCGUACCCUUGGACUCACUCCAUUGGAUCAAGGAUCUCUUGUGGCAGCCAAGGAAAUUGAGAACUACCCUCUGAAGUUAUUCCCAUUGUGGAGGCUUCCUUUCUACAUGUCCUCUGUGCUGUGUGUCUUCUUCUUCGUGUACUGUGUUGUACGAGAAGUGAUAUACCCCUACGUGAAUGGGAAGACAGACUCUACGUUUCGCCUGGCUGUGUCCAUCCCGAACCGAGUGUUUCCCGUAACCGCGCUUACCCUGCUCGCUUUGGUGUACCUCCCUGGUGUUCUCGCGGCCAUUCUGCAGCUCUACCGAGGCACAAAAUACCGUCGAUUCCCAAACUGGCUUGAUCAUUGGAUGCUUUGCAGAAAGCAGCUGGGCUUGGUAGCACUGGGAUUUGCCUGCCUUCACGCCAUCUACACACUUGUGAUUCCUAUUCGCUACUACGUUCGCUGGAGACUGAGAAACGCAACCAUUACGCAGGCCCUGGCUAAUAAAGACAGCCCAUUUAGUACCUCUGCAGCCUGGCUUAGUGAUUCCUACUUGGCGCUGGGAAUCCUGGGAUUUUUUCUCUUUCUUCUCUUGGGAAUCACUUCCUUGCCAUCGGUGAGCAACACAGUCAACUGGAGAGAGUUCAGGUUUGUCCAGUCCAAACUGGGUUAUCUGACCCUGGUCCUGUGCACAGCCCACACUUUGGUGUACGGCGGGAAGAGAUUCCUCAGCCCUGGGAUUCUAAGGUGGAACCUUCCUUCAGCCUAUAUUUUAGCCCUCAUCAUCCCGUGCACGGUGCUGGUGAUGAAGUUUAUCCUCGUACUGCCCUGCAUAGACAAGACCCUGAUGCGUAUCCGCCAAGGCUGGGAAAGGAACUCACAACCCUCAAAAUCAGCACUGAACGGAAAACCAGAUAUUUAGAAGAAAGUUGAAUUUGUGGAAAUUUCUGUACUAUUAUAGUGAAUGUUUAGAGAAUAAGUGUCCAGUUAAGAAAGCAUUCUCUCUUGUCAUGGUCACAGGUUUAUUCUCACUGAAGGAAAUGUUGCCUGACUUUGAAAGACUAACGUAGGAAGCAAGCCCCCACUGCCUCUUCUCAUAUUAUGACUCACCACAGGCCUCCCUCACUUCCCUUUCCAGGAACCCUGGGGCGGCCACUGGGAUUAGGUUCACAGUUUCACACUCUGAAACGUUGUAGUUAUGGGCAGCAUGCAUGAUGUAAUGUUUUGCAAAAUGCUGGAAGACUGUAUGCAACUUCCUUCUCUAAGUCAAGGGCUGAGGUAAGAGAGAAAAACAAAGGAACGCUGCCAGUCAUCCUAGAGGUGUUGCUUGGCAUACCUAAAGAAGAGGCCUGGAGGGACUGGAGAGAUGGCUCAGUGGUUAAGAGCACUGCCUGAUCUUCCAAAGGUUCCCAGCAACCACAUGGUGGCUCCCAACCAUCUGUAGUGAGAUCUGGUGCCCUCUUCUGGACUGUAAGCACACAUUCAGACAGAAUACUGAGAAUACUGUAUACAUAAUAAAUAAUUUUUUUAAGAAAAGAAGCCUAGAUGAAGGAGAAGCAAGGAGGGUUUGUUUG